AUGGAUCCUCUUCCGCAAGACCAUGGCUUUAAUCCCAAGGCUCUAGGCUCGUGGGCUCGGCGCACGGGAUUGGUCAGCGGCUUCAUGUCCCCGCGCCGGGACAGCGUCGUCGACGUCACCGAUGGCACCAAUACAGUCACACACGCUCCAGGCGAACCCGCUUCGCCGUCCCGCGCAAGCAGCGCGGACGGCAGUAGUUUCCAAGCGAGCGGGUUUCACGGUCAGGGGGAAGGGCACUCAGCGCACGAGGGAUACGACGGGUACGAUAGUCACGGGGGGCAUGGCGGGAAUGGGGGGCAAGUCUCCGCUCCCCAGCUUCCGCCACCGCCCGGACGAUCUGCGUUCAAGAAAGCACCUUCAAUCCGCUACCCCGUCGCGCAGCGGGGCGAAGCGAGUAGUGACAGUAUCGGGGCCGGCAGCAUGUCACCUAAAACUCCCCAGGCGGUCGCCUCUGCGACUAUACCGGAAGCGGAGAACGAGGGGGUUUCGUCCAUUGAGGAGAGCGACGCGGGAAUGGGAAGCGCGCGACGGUCGGAAGAGGUGUCGAGCCGGCACGGGGGGAAGGCUGGCGGAGCGGCAGCGGCGGGGUGGGUUGGCGGGGCGUUCGUAAGCGCGGCGGUCGGCGGAAGGGUUGGCGGAGGCCAGGUGGCGCCGUAUCCGGAAGGGGAGGAGGGGGAAGCGGAAGGGGAGUAUGAGGGGGAAUAUCGGAUGGCGGAGGGGGAGUAUGGAUACGCGGAGGGGGAGGAUAUGGGGGGAGAUGACGAUAUGUAUAAAGAUGUGAUUGUAGACGAUAUGCCUUUAGAGGAGGGGAUGGAGGAACGGACAGGCGUGAUGAAUUAUGAGAUGAGGGAGAGGCCCGAGGCCGGGUGGAUGGUGGCGUACGCGUUACAGCACAUGAUCGCGCUUAUAGCAAACGUGAUUGUCUUCCCGAUGAUACUUGUCCCCGCUAUGGGAGGCUCCGACCUCGACAAGGCGGCCGUGAUUCAGUCGGUGAUGAUGGUAACCGGCGUGGCGACCACGCUGCACGUGCUGCUGGGCACGCGCCUGCCCCUCGUGCAGGGGUCCUCUCUCGUGUACCUCGCGCCGGCUAUCAUAAUUGCCAACUCGCCGCAAAACCUCAGCGCCGAUCCCUCCCAGCGGUUUUCAUUGACAAUGCGGGAGACGAUGGGGGCAGUGAUUGUGGCGUCGUUGCUGCAAGUCGUUGCCGGCUACUCGGGCUUCAUGUCGCUCCUCAUCGAGCUCAUCAACCCAGUGGUGGUGGCGCCAACCAUCAUGGCAGUGGGACUCUCCUUCCUCUCCUACGGCUUCCCUGUCAUCGGCCGCUGUGUGGCUAUCGGCCUGCCAGAGCUCAUUCUCAUUGUCAUCUUUGCGCUGUACCUGCGCCGAGUGUCGUUUUGGGGCUCAAGGUUCUUCCAGAUUCACGCGAUCUCCCUGGGGCUGGCAAUCACGUGGCUGUACGCGCUAGUGCUCACCCUAGCGGGCGUCUACAGCUACCCCGACUGCUCGCCCUCGGCCAUCUACCCCUCCUCCUCCCCCUGCUUCCAGAAGCAAGCCCUCAUGGCCUCCUGCCGCACCGACGCCUCGAGUGUUCUGUCGGACGCCAAGUGGGUGGCGCCCCCGUACCCGUUUCAGUACGGCAUGCCCAUCUUCCGAUGGGAGUCCAUCUGUGUCAUGCUGCUGCCCGCUCUGAUCUCAACCAUCGACUCGGUCAGUAACUACCACGCAACUUCCCUGCUGGUGGCUGUGCGGCCCCCGACAGGCGGGGUGGUGGGGCGGGGGAUAGGCAUGGAGGGCGUAGCGAGCGUGCUGGCGGGGAUGUGGGGCACGGGGGGUGGCGCCACCACUCUCACUGAAAACAUUCACUUGGUUGCGGUUACCAGAAUGGGGUCGCGCGUUACGAUCAUCGUCGGGUCGGCGUUCCUCGUCUUCUUCUCGCUGUUUGGUAGACCAGGCAAGGUGGGAGCUCUAUUCGCUUCCAUGCCGCCGGUCAUUGUGGGAGGACUUCUCACCAUUAUGGCCGCAAUGGCAGCAUUGCUUACUUACUCUCUCCCUCUUGCGCUCCCCCUCCCUCUGCUUUGCUUGCCCGUCUUCUCCAUUCCACCAGGCAAAGUAGGAGCCCUCUUCGCCUCCAUGCCACCGGUCAUGAUCGGAGGCCUCCUCACCAUAAUGGCAGCCAUGGCAGCAUCCCUCGGCCUCUCCUCGCUGCGCUACGCCGAGAUGGGCUCCUCGCGCAACCUCCUCAUCACGGGAUUGGCGUUCUUCCUGUCUCUGUCGGUACCGGAUUAUUUCAAGACAUACACUGCUUCCAACGGCCACGGGCCCAUCAACACGUCUAGCUCUGGGGAUGGGCUUCUCUUGCAACUUCCUCAUCACCGGCCUUGCGCUCUUCCUCUCUGCUCUUCUGCUCCCUGCCAGCUCAACUUUGUGCUCAACUCGCUGCUCGCCCUGCCCAUGGCCAUCGCCUUCAUGACUGCUUUCUUCCUAGACAACACUGUACCCGGCACGGCCACCGAACGAGGCCUCUACGUCUGGUCCGGACGUAAGGCGGCUCGGGCCGAUCCUCUCAUGCAUGAGGACUAUGACCUGCCGUUCGGCUUGAGCAGAUUCUUCUCCUGGGUCUUCUGGCUGGGCGUGUGA